AUGGGCAACCACCGGCUCUUGGCCUAUCUCUGGCUGCUGCUAGGGGCGAUGAUGGCUCAGCUGGAUCGGCGCGGCGCCAAGGCCGAGCUCAGCUCGCGCAUAGUGCGCACCCAGUACGGCGAGCUGUCGGGUGUGAUCGUCACCCUGGGCCGCAGCCUCGAGAGCGUCGAGGUGUUUCGCGGCGUGCCGUACGCCUCGCCGCCGACCGGCAACCUCAGGUUCAUGCCGCCCGUCAGUUCGGCGCGCUGGCACGGGGUGCGCGUCGCCGACAAGUUCAGCCCGGUCUGCCCGCAGAGACUGCCCAGCUUGACCGAGAAGAUGCCCAAGGGCCGAGCCGAGUACUUGAAGAGGCUUCUGCCCUACCUCAAGAAUCAGAGCGAGGACUGCCUGUAUCUCAACAUCUACGCUCCUGUGCAAGCAGCGCAAAAGCGAGCCUACUUACGCCAGGCGGAGUCAGCCCACCGACGAGCCUGCCUGCGUGUGAUCGGAGGCCGGCCGCAUGUCUCCUACGAGGCCACAUAUGUCCUUGCCGGCAUACCACCGCUGGCCCUCCUUGCGGACGAGCGAGCGCGACUCUACGGCCGACGCCGAGAGAACGCAGGGGACGAGGAACGCCUGGCAACGCUAAGCAAGUGGCAGGAAGCAUGGGACCGGUCGACGAAGGCCCGAUGGACGCAUCGACUGAUCCCAAACAUCAGGGUGUGGAUCGAGAGGAGGCACGGAGAGCUGAACUACCACCUCACGCAGCUCUUGACCGGGCACGGCUUCUUCAAACACCAUAGCCGACGCUACGACCACAAUCAAAGCGCGCAAUGCCCGGUCUGCCCCUCAUCCAUCGAGAACGCGGAGCAUGUGUUUUACCAAUGCCCGAGGUUCAGCGAGGAAAGAGAGAGUCUACACUCCCUGCUCCACGAGGUCAUGACGCCGGAGAACACCACCAGGCUCAUGCUCGCGAGCGAGCCGAACUGGCUCGCGGUUGCUUCCUUCGCCUGCUCAGUCGUAAUAAGACUGAGAGACGAAGGAAUGGACAGAAGGUGA